CAUCCUCCGAAGCCCCAACCGGAUCGCGGAGAAUCUGGCCGGAGAUUUUGCCUCACCGAAUUUCAUUUAUGACAAUUACUACCUUUACCGAGCGAGCACACUUUUAACAAGUGCCUCUUCGUUACGAGUGUUUUUCUCCACGCCCGUGGAAUAGGACCUAAACAUCUUCAACAUCAAUGCAAGGAGCAUGACAUCUUAAUGCCAAUUGUUGAACGAGUGAUUGCAGCUUUGCAUGUUGUGAAGCACGACCUUUGCUUCGAGGUGCACCCUGGAGAAUUGCGUAUAGACUCAUUUUCGCGUCUCGUUUUAAACUGAAACGCUCGGUUGCAUCCUAGAUAUCAGAUACUUGAUCGGUUUUCCAUUCGUCUUGGAUUUUUUAUUUUUUUUGCCGUGCAGAACCUACAGGGAAAUAAUUUACCGUCGCAUCACUUUUCAUCUUCACUAUGAAUUACCUGCGACGUCGACUAUCGGACAGUAAUUUCAUGUCCAACUUGCCCAAUGGCUACAUGAGCGAUUUACAGCGACCCGAUCCGCCGCAGCAGAGCCCAGCCCCGGUGCUCUCGCCGGGCUCUCAAGAGAUGCGUCAACCCCCCAGCCAGUCUACCGGCGCCGGCUUCUUUUCCUCCAUUUCCAACGCCGUCAAACAGACCACCGCCGCCGCCGCCGCUACGUUUAACGAGGCCACCGAGAGAGGAAUCGGCUCGAGCAACGCCAGGAUCCUCCUGGUCAUUGAUGACCAGCAGACAGACUGGGCAAAGGUGUUCAAAGGCAAAAAGGUUCAUGGUGAAUUUGACAUCAAAGUAGAACAGGCUGACUUCUCUGAGGUUAAUCUGGUGGUUCACGCAACGGGAAGCUACAGCGUGGACAUUGAGGCCAUCCGCAAUGGCAACAAAAUCACAAAGUGUUUCAAGCCAGAUUUUGUGCUGGUGCGACAGCAUGCUUUUAGUAUGGCCAAGAAUGGCGACCACAGAAACAUUGUGAUUGGACUUCAGUAUGCUGGUCUGCCCAGUGUCAACUCCCUUCACUCAGUCUACAACUUCUGUGACAAACCAUGGAUGUUCGCUCAGUUGUCCAGAUUGUACAAGCAGUUGGGUCCAGAGGAGUUCCCACUGAUCGACCAGGUUUAUUACCCCAACCACAAGGAGAUGAUCACCACACCUGGCUUUCCUGUGGUAGUGAAGAUGGGUCAUGCUCACUCUGGCAUGGGAAAGGUCAAAGUGGACAAUCAAUAUGAUUUCCAAGACAUUGCUAGUGUUGUAGCUUUGACAAAGACGUAUGCCACAUCUGAGCCUUUUAUUGACGCCAAGUAUGACAUCCGAAUCCAGAAAAUCGGUGACAAUUACAAGGCCUACAUGAGGACAUCUAUAUCAGGCAACUGGAAGACCAACACUGGAUCAGCCAUGUUAGAGCAGGUGGCCAUGUCUGACAGGUAUCGUAUGUGGGUGGACGUAUGCUCUGAGGUUUUCGGAGGUCUUGAUAUAUGCGCUGUAGAGGCAUUGCAUGGUAAAGACGGUCGAGAUUACAUCAUAGAGGUCGUGGGCUGCUCAAUGCCUCUCAUAGGAGACCAGCAGGAUGAGGACCGGGCUCUAAUAGCUGAUCUUGUUGUGGCUAAAAUGAACCAGACUGUGGCACGCACUUCAGCUCCCACUCCAGUCCGUUCUCAGGUCCCAGCUGUUUCACCUCAACCCAUCUCUCAGUCUAGAGUCCCCCAGGCACAACAGCGCCCUCCUCCACAGGGAGGUCCACAACAAGCAGCUGCUAGCACUACUGCUGCUCGUCAAGGAGCCCCACCCCAACAGCGUCCCUCUCCCCAGGGCCAGCCCCCUGCCCAAACCCAGUCUGUGACCAGUCCUAAUGCCCAGAACCCCCCUGCCCAACAAACCCGGCCCAAUCAUCCCCCACAGCGACAAGCCAGUCAAGGGGCCGCAGGUCAGCAGAGGCCCCCCACAGCACAGGGUCCCGCCCAGCGUGGCCCGGGUGGCUCUCCUCAGUCACUGAGGCCCCAGCAAGGUGGUCCGCAACAGAGGCCUCAAACUGGUGGCCAGGGUCCCAAACCAGCUGGCCAGCCUCAGCAGAGGCCUCAACAGCCAAGACAAGGCCAGCCAACCAGGCAGCCCACCCAGGGUGGGUCACAGCCGAGCCAGGACGCCCCUCAACCAGCCCCGCAACAGCAGGGCAGUCCCCGCCCUCCUACCACUCAGCAACCACGGCCUACUGCACAGGGCCAGGGAGGUCCAGGAGGUGCACGACCUCCCCUGCAGCAGAAACCCACACCUCCACAGAAACCAAGUCCUGAUCACCCGGCUCUGAGUGGAUCGCCGCAGCUUAACAAAUCCCAGUCUCUUACCAAUACAUUCAACAUUCCAGAAACGCCGGCCGCCCAGCACCAAAGUCCUAGUCAGGACGAAGCCAAGGCUGAGACCAUCCGCAACCUUCGGAAAUCCUUUGCAAGCCUCUUCUCCGUGGAAUAAACACACACACACACACACACAGACACACAAACACACACACAGACAGAGAGGUUAUGGAGUCUCUAAAAAAACAUGCAAACACAGACACUCGUCAAUUAUACACAGAAAGGACCAAUUAUAUCACACAUUGCAGUGCACAUCAGAUCUGUGCACGUCAAUUUGCAAUGCAACAUUAAUAAAACACUGCCUGCACUGAUAAAGACUGCAAUAUGAAGUGAGAAAUCACAGCAUUACUGCAGUUAAAUCUUUUAACAUAACUGAAUUCUUUAGACACAUUCCCAGUUUUUCGAGUCCAACUGAUGGAGGGAGGUGUGAAAAUAAAAUACCACACACAGAAACACUCGCACGCACCCUUUUACACUACCUACACAGUGACUGGACCAACAUACACUUAGCACACGUGCUAAAUCUUGCCUAUUCAUUCCAGUCUCCUAUUAUUAACUUAUAAUCCUAGAUUCUUUUUGAAAAUGAAAAGUUUUGGUGGACAUUUUGUUGUAAAACCAUCCACCGCCACGCUCUCUCAGAUAUAUGAUAUCUGAAGUAUGUCUGCUAAUUGUCUGAAGCAUGUUCUGUUACAAUAAGGGGCACCAUCUAAUGAUUUUAACCGUGCGUCACAUUGUACUGUAACCGAAUGGUUUAUCGUUCCGUAUUUUACAUGCUUGAGCAGGAUUUUGGAUUUUGCAAUGAUGACCCAUUGUGACGUUGUUUAAAUUUUGCACAAGCUUCCAUCAUCGAAACUAACCCCCUCGGCUGUUAGCACUAGCCACUUGCGAUACUUGCAUGUCACUUAAGGAGAACGUAGUCGCACAAUGUGGGUGGUCUUGCUUUGUGUUGUGUCGUUGCACCUAAAUAAGGUAGUUGUAGUGAAAACGUUGUUUCUUUUUCGUGAGCAAGCUGUCGCUGCUUCCCUGACGUCCCUUUUCCUGACAAAACACACACAAUGGUACACCCUCCGAUGUGUUGAAUAUGCCUUAGCCAGAUAGGCAUACAAAAAGAGAUUGGUUUUGUGCAAUCACAUAUGUCUCAGGGAUGUCCUGAAGAGAAAGACGCAAUGACCUAGCGUCAUUGAUCAGGUCUUCCAACCCAUUACUGUAGAGAGUUACUGAUUGCGAAGGCCAGUAAAGGGAGGAAUCCGUCGAAUGUAUUCGAUUGCUACAUAAACAUGUUUGCACACUAAUACUGUAACACUUGAGAACAUAUGAGAUGGUUGAAAGCUCAGGAAGGUUUGUUGCAUCAAGAGAAGGUAUGUUUUGCAUGCCUGGAUGAGCAUGUAGGUGUUUGGAGCUGCUUGUUCAUUACACUCGGGCCCUAUGAAAACGCAAAGCCAAAAUACAAAGCCAAGGAUGCCAUCAGCAGCAAACGUCUUCACAAAAAGAUCAUCUUUAGAGAAGAUGCUCGUCACAUGUUGGGUUUUAGACUAAACCGCAUUUAGUAUGUCCCAGUGUGAUCCCAGUUACACAAUGUGGAUCCUUAAACCAACUACUCCUGAAACUUCUCGCCAUACCCAAGGAGUUUAGAGCUGAACCGGCAGUGUCUUCCACGAGUGAGGAUAAAACA